AUAUGGCCAAGGACAUUCUAGGCGAUGCAAAUCUUCACUUUGAUGAGCUGAAUAAAUUACGAAUUUUGGAUCCGGAGGUUGCACAGCAAACAACUGAACUCAAAGAAGAAUGCAAAGCUUUUGUAGACAAAAUUGCAGAGUUUCAGAAAAUAGUGGGUAGCUUAAUAGAACUUGUUGAUCAACUAGCAAAAGCAGCUGAAAAUGAAAAGAUGAAGGCAAUUGGUGCCCGAAACUUGUUAAAGUCUAUAGCGAAACAGAGAGAAGCCCAGCAGCAGCAGCUUCAGGCUUUAAUAACAGAGAAGAAAAUGCAGUUGGAAAGAUACCGAGUGGAAUAUGAGACCCUUUGUAAAAUAGAAGCUGACCAGAAUGAAUUCAUCGACCAAUUCAUUUUUCAGAAAUAAGGAUUUAAGACCAACACCAACUCCCUUGGCAAACUUGUACUUUUCCAGUAUCCUAAGGAUUCUUAUGAUAAAGUUUUAUAUUGCAUAGGAAAGAUCAAAGCAGUAUGCAAAAAGGUUAAAACACUAAUUUUUUUUUUUACACUAGAUGAACUUACAUUUAAAUGGCAAAAGGAAGAGUUUUCUAUGCAUGUGUAAAUAAGAUUUCUAACCUGUCUCUUGUUUUAAAAAAAAAAAUGGUAUGGUCCUCAUCGUUUGAAUUCAUUUAAUUUUUGAAUACUACCUUUACAUGUCCCUCCCCCCUUUUUAAGUUUACCAUACUUCCUAAGGAAUCAGGAAAUAAAUUAUUGUUUUUAGUUU